AUGGACCGCAAAAGACCGGUCCUAGGUGGUUCGGUUCGGUUCCCUCAAUAUCUGGAAGAAUUGCGGUCAGAGUUCAUUCGCAUAUUUUCAUUGCCAGACCUCACAACCGUCGCACUCUCUCAAUUCCGGUUCUUUCCAGUCAUCACCUUUGCGCACUGUCACAACGUUGCGAAAUGGAACGACGCAAGUCCCAUAAUGGAUUUCUCUGCCCUCCGUGUAGUGCACGAUCAUGAUUCAGCAAUGAUGAUACCGGGCUUCCUACAUUAUUGGAAACCAAACAUCGAAAUCCUUGCCGUCUCUGGUAUGGCACUCCGUCCUAUGUCAGCAGCGGUAUUAAUUGUUAACAGCCAUGCGCCGACUGCAAAAUAUAUGCAAGACCACGUUGGUGACCAGCGUGCGUGUCCUCGUCUGCAACACGGCGACUUCAGCGAAGUCAGCAAGGGCUUCGACGGGUGGCGAACAGCUGGUGGUUGGAGACUUGAAAAGCUAUUCCUCGUGAUGGAGGCAGACGAUGGCAAACAUCUCGAUUGGCAAUAUUUGCAACCGAUGCUGAACAAAAUACAUUUCCCGCGUCUACGUUCGAUAAACAUCAUCCAAGUAGGAGGUCGUAAAGUCAGUCUGCCAGAACUACCAUGGGUAACUGAUUCGACAACCCUUUCGAUACGGUUCAUUGAUCGUCAGAAUACUCCUCAAUUUUACGCAAGAUACUUACCAGCCAGCUACAUUUAA